AUGACGGACUCAGAUUCUCAACCGGGACACGUCGAAAAACUAGGGAAACAUCCCCCAACUUGUUUGGGAGCACCCGGAAAGUCAGAAGGCAUAUCACGGUUUGGACAGGAACUUACGCUGGUCAUGGAGAAUAGCAUUGGAAACCCUCAGCCCUCUUUCAGCCACCACCCCAUCGGCCGCUUCGCGUACACCUCAAACAGCCCAUCUCAGACCUCCCGAGGUGGCUGUUUCAUCCGCCAGCUCAUCGACCGCCCUCCAACAAUAUCUUCUCUUCCGCAACGUAAACACGGCCGCCCAAAAGGGAGCGCGAAAACCAAGCCAGUGACCAUAAACCAGUGGCGACCACAACGACAAAUGAGGAUGCUAUUUGUCGCCGUCGUCAUCGUAACAAAUGACGGCGGCCACGGCCAUGUCACCCCUCCCCAGCAACAAUCAACCACGGACAACCACGAACGAUCACAACACGACAACACGACCACGCAACAACCACGGCAGAACAAGAGCACACGACGAGACACGACCAUUACCAAACAAGCAAGGUCCACGUCGCCAAUACCAUUCUCAAUGAUCAUUUCUUUGAACUAUUCUUAA